AUUUGAGUAUAGUCUGUCUGAAACAGAGGGGUGUUGUCCUGCCCAUACCAUUCUGCAAUAGGCCUACCAUUUACUGAAUCUCCGCAGUAGACAGACUCCAGUCGUUCAGCUAUAGACAGCAUGGUGUACCACCCUGAGUUUGAGCGAGCAGGCAAGGAGCCUGGCCUCCAGGUGUGGAGAAUUGAGAAGUUUGAUUUGGUGGCAGUUCCUGAGAACCUCUAUGGAGGGUUCUACACCGGUGACGCUUAUGUGGUCCUCAAUACCAUCAAACAGCGUUCGGGCAACCUACAGUACGACCUCCACUUCUGGCUAGGUGACUUCUGCACGCAGGAUGAGAGCGGGUCGGCUGCCAUUUUCACAGUGCAGAUGGAUGACUAUUUGGGUGGAAAGCCCAUCCAGUACCGUGAAGUUCAGGGCUAUGAGUCCAAAGCUUUCCUGGGAUAUUUUAAAAAAGGGCUGCAGUACAUGAAAGGUGGAGUUGCGUCUGGAUUCAAGCAUGUUGUCACCAAUGAAGUGACAGUACAGCGGGUGCUACAGGUCAAAGGUCGGCGUGUUGUCAGAGCAACAGAAGUGCCAGUCAGCUGGGACAGCUUUAACCAGGGAGACUGCUUCAUCCUGGACUUGGGUAAUGAGAUCUACCAGUGGUGUGGUUCAAAGAGUAACCGUUUUGAGAAGUUGAAAGCUACGCAGCUUGCAAAGGGCAUUCGUGACAACGAACGCAGUGGACGCGCUCGCGUGUAUGUUUGUGAUGAAGGGAUUGAACGAGAAAAGAUUUUGGAGGUUCUUGGAGAAAAGCCAGACCUGCCUGAAGGAGUGUCUGAUGAUAUCAAGGCUGAUGCCUCCAAUAGGAAGAUGGCCAAACUCUACAAGGUGUCUGAUGCCAGCGGAGACAUGGCCAUUGCCCUGGUGGCCGCUGAGAACCCCUUCUCCCAGAGUGCACUGGAAUCAAGCGACUGUUUCAUCCUGGAUCACGGCUCAGAUGGCAAGAUCUUUGUUUGGAAAGGCAAAGAUGCCAAUGUGGAAGAGAGAAAAGCUGCCAUGAAGGCAGCAGAUGAGUUCAUUAAGAAAAUGGGUUACCCAAAGCAAACACAGGUUCAGAUUCUCCCAGAGAUGGGCGAGACGCCUCUAUUCAAACAAUUCUUCAAAAAUUGGCGUGAUGUGGACCAGACAGACGGCCUGGGCAUUGCUUACGUCUCAAACAGCAUCGCUAAGAUCGAAAAGGUGCCGUUUGAUGCUUCUACACUGCAUGAUUCACCAGCCAUGGCCGCCCAACAUGGAAUGAUCGAUGAUGGCAAUGGAGAGAAACAGAUCUGGCGUAUUGAAGGUUCAGACAAAGUUGCAGUUGACCCCUCUACUUAUGGCCAGUUCUAUGGCGGAGACAGUUACAUUAUCCUGUACAAUUACCGGCAUGGAGGCAGACAGGGUCACAUCAUCUACAUCUGGCAGGGUAAGGACUCCUCACAAGAUGAGAUUGGGGCAUCUGCUAUCUUGGGCGCCCAACUGGAUGAUGAGCUUGGAGGUGGACCUGUGCAGAUGGCUGGUGCUCCCCUGACCACUCAGGUGCGGGCGGUCCAGGGUAAGGAACCUGCUCACCUGAUCAGUCUGUUCGGAGGGCAGCCCAUGGUGGUGCACAAGGGCGGCACCUCCAGGGAAAGUGGUCAGACGGCGCCAGCUGAAACUCGGCUGUUCCAAGUGCGCUCAAACUCCGCAGGGUGCACACGAGCGGUGGAGAUUGACGCAGUGUCCUCCAAUCUGAACUCCAAUGAUGCCUUCGUCCUGGUGACCCCAGCUGCGUCUUUCAUAUGGGUGGGACGAGGAGCCAGUGAUACAGAGAAACGUGGGGCGCAGCAGCUGUGUGACAUCCUUGGAGUGUCGCCCUCUGAGCUGGGUGAAGGAGGAGAGGACGGCAGCUUCUGGGACUCUCUGGGAGGAAAGGUCGAUUACCGCACAUCCGCCAGGCUAAAGGACAAGAUGAAUGCCCACCCGCCACGACUGUUCGCCUGCUCAAACAAAACUGGCCGUUUCAUCAUUGAAGAAGUACCUGGAGAAAUGACCCAAGAAGACCUGGCUACAGAUGAUGUCAUGAUCCUUGACACCUGGGAUCAGGUGUUUGUUUGGAUCGGUAAUGAAGCUCAUGAUGAGGAGAAAACUGAGGCGCUGUCUUCAGCGGCACAAUACAUCAAGACGGACCCAGCCAACCGUGACUCACGCACACCUAUUGUGAAGAUUAAACAGGGCUUUGAGCCGCCCACUUUCACAGGCUGGUUCCUGGGCUGGGACAAUGACUACUGGAGCACUGACCCCCUGGAGCGGGCCAUGGCUGAGCUGGAGAUCUGAACUUGAGCUGUCACCCCUGACCUUUAGACCCCACUGCCUUACUGAUCAAAGUUGCUCUUAGGCUACGUUCACACUGCAAGCCUUAAUGCUUAAUUCCCAUUUAUUGCUCAGAU